AUGUCUCGUGCCCUGAUCGAGAAGCACCCCUUGCAAUGGCUACAUAGCCCUUCUCGGGGUAUCUCGACUUUGAUUCAUUUGACCGGUCUUGCAAGCUUUACCUGGUCUUUCAAGUAUAUGCACGAGAACCCUAACCACGCGAACGAAGCAUAUGGCUGGCACUUUCAAUACUUGACCGUUAUUGGUUUAAGUCUGUCAACUCUCACCUUUAUUUUUGCCAUUCUCGCCGAUGUGACACUGUCCCCACGCCUCUUCUUGAUCAAGAACCUCUUGUCAGUGUGUAGUGCGCCGCUGGAAGUAUUGAUCAGCGUUCUCUACUGGGGCCUAAGAUUGAUCGAUGAACGUCUCGUCGUUCCCGAUUGGGCUGUGAUCCCUCUCGAUGCCGCUCUUGUGGGGGUUGUGUGUUUGCUAAUUCAUUUCGGUAGAUAUAAGCUUUCACGCAUUGCCGUCCAUAUUGAUGCUGAUCGAUCUUCUGUUCCUCUCCCCCCGUGGACAAUUACCGUCCUGCCCUCUAUGGGACUUUCCGGUGCCAUUGCCUUUGGCUAUUGGUUCUGGGUGGAGCGGUGUUUCUCCUACAAUGGAUGGUAUCCGUAUCCCAUCUUCGAGCAGCUGCCGACUCCAGGUCGUGUUGCGCUCUUCUCGCUCAGUGCGGUUGUGAUGGCCUUCAGUACUGCCACGCUGAAGUGGCUGCACGGUCGCGUCAAUGGCUUUGGUGUUCCCAUCCCGGCACAGUCUCGCCCUGGCGAAAUUAAGCGGGCAGAUGGCUUGUAG